CCACUAAAAUAAAAUAAGGGUCUCUUCACAAACACAAUCUCCCGUAGCGGCACUCAAUUACAUCUCUACAAAAUAUUCACCUUCAUUCCCAAAUAUACACACAUAUAUAAUCCCGUCCACCCUUCACAAUUUUACUCAUCAAAAUACACAACCAAAAAACCAAAGAAAGUCAAAAACCCAAAAAACGAUGAAGUUUGUUAAUCCAAACCAACUUUUCAUUACAAUUUUCCUCUUAUUAUUCCAAUUGUCACCACUACUCUUACCAGUCGAAGCUCACUCGGCUCCAAACGCAAACCUUUUCAGAGAAUACAUAGGAGCGGAAUUCAACAACGUGAAAUUCUCUGACGUACCAAUCAACCCAAACGUGGACUUUCACUUCCUUCUCUCCUUUGCCAUAGAUUAUGACACAUCGGGCACAACCGCAACCAAUGGCAAAUUCAACGUCUUCUGGGACUCCGAUAACCUCUCCCCAUCUCAAGUCUCUGCCAUCAAACAACGCCAUCCCAACGUCAAAGUAGGCCUUAGCCUCGGCGGCGACAGCGUCAGCAGCGGUUACGCAUACUUCAAGCCAUUCUCCAUCGACUCUUGGGUGUCCAAUGCCGUCUCCACUCUCACUCAAAUCAUCCAACAGUAUGGCCUCGAUGGAAUCGAUAUCGAUUAUGAGCACUUCAGCUCCGACACUCAUACUUUCGCUGAGUGCAUCGGACGGCUCAUAAAGACUUUGAAAGAAAACGAUGUGAUCUCGUUCGCUUCCAUUGCUCCCUUUGACGAUGACCAAGUUCAGAGCCAUUACAAGGCCUUGUGGAAUAAAUAUGGGCAGUUGAUUGACUAUGUGAAUUUCCAAUUCUAUGCUUAUGAUGAGGGAACCACGGUGUCUCAGUUCAUUGAUUACUUUAAGACUCAAAGCUCUAACUACCAUGGUGGGAAGGUUUUGACCAGCUUUAUUAGUGACGGCAGCGGUGGAUUGUCGCCGGAAAAUGGUUUUUUCAUGGCCUGUAAUCAGUUGAAACAACAGGGACAGCUUCAUGGAAUCUUUAUUUGGUCCGCUGAUGACUCUAAGAAGAAUGGCUUUCGUUAUGAGAAGAGAUCACAGACACUUCUAGCGAGUCGUUCUCAUCGUAACUAGUACUAAUAAUAUAUAUCUAUAAUAUUUGAUCUCCUUUCAUAUUAUUAUAAUAUGCUUGCUUAGCUUAUUUGGUCUAGAAUUAUACUUCUGUUAUUGUAAUAUAAUGAUUUCUUUACUAGUAGUACAUUUUGAAAAACCUAAGUUUUUACCUAUCUUUCCAAUUUUACAAUAUUCAUAUAUAUUUUAUCUUGA